AUGUACCGUCAUACUCUCACCAAACGCUUGCCAGCAGCCAGACGUGCUCCUUUGCCUGUCAUCUCGACAGGUAUAAGCCAGAGAUAUCGGUAUUACUCUGGAAAAGCCCCAUCUACACGUCCCGAGAGAUCACCCCUGCCCGCCGCUGCCACGACCACCACCGCACUAUCAACGGAGAAAAAGCCGUCUGCUCUGGCAGAAUACGUACUCACAUCCCUCGACGGCCUCGUCAACUGGGCCAGGCAGGGCUCCCUGUGGCCGCUGACGUUCGGCCUGGCAUGCUGCGGAAUCGAGAUGAUGCACGUGUCGAUGCCGCGCUACGACCAGGACCGUCUGGGCAUCAUCUUCCGGGCGUCGCCGCGCCAGGCCGACGUAAUGAUCGUGGCGGGCACCGUGACCAACAAGAUGGCGCCCGCGGUCCGCCAGUGCUACGACCAGAUGCCCGAACCGCGCUGGGUCAUCUCGAUGGGCUCGUGCGCCAACGGCGGCGGCUACUACCACUACAGCUACUCGGUCGUUCGAGGCGUCGAUAGAAUCGUGCCGGUCGAUGUUUAUGUUCCCGGCUGCCCCCCGACGGCCGAGGCGCUCAUGUAUGGCGUCUUUCAGCUACAGAGGAAGAUGCGCAAGACAAAGAUUACCAGGAUGUGGUAUAGGAAAUAG